AUGUCAGCUCUCAGUCUGGUCGCUCUGGUCAGCUUGGUGUCCGCUGUUUUUGCCAAGCAGUGGGACGUGCACCCGCCCCAGCAACAGCACAGGCACUGGGCACCGAUCUGCAGCGGGAAUCCCACCAACAGAAUCCGGGGCUGCGAUAGAUAUGGCUGCGGCCACUUCGGCGCCGACAGACACAGUGGUAAAGGAAAGCACACGGGCGUGGAUGUCAUCUGUGCUGAUGGAGCAACAGUGUACGCUCCUUUUAGCGGCCAGCUCUCCGGACCCAUUCGAUUCUUUCAUAACGGCAAUGCCAUUGACGAUGGAGUCCAAAUCACGGGAUCAGGUUACUGUGUGAAGCUCGUCUGUAUUCACCCCAUCCGAUACCACGGCCAAAUCCAUAGAGGGCAACCCCUCGGGAGAAUGCUGCCAAUGCAAAGAGUAUUUCCUGGCAUUGUCUCUCACAUCCACGUUGAGAACUGCGACCACUCUGAUCCUACUCAGCUUCUUACACCUGAUGUUCCACCAUUCCCACAACAAGAUGGACACUGGUCAACAAUAUGCUCUGGGAAUCCUACAAACGAGAUAAGAGGCUGUGAUAGAUACGGCUGUGGAUACUACGGAGCUCCAAGAAAAAAUGGUAAAGGAAAGCACUCUGGUGUGGAUGUCAUCUGUGCUGACGGAGCAACCGUCUAUGCUCCCUUUUCUGGCGAGCUCUCUGGACCCAUUAAAUUCUUCCACAACGGAAAUGCCAUUGAUGACGGGGUCAAAAUCAGUGGAUCAGGCUUCUGUGUAAAACUACUCUGCAUCCAUCCCAUCAGAUAUACCGGUAGAGUUUCUAAGGGACAAAUCCUUGGGAGAAUGCUGCCAAUGCAAAGAGUGUUUCCUGGGAUCACAUCUCAUAUUCAUGUUGAGAAUUGCGAUCACUCAGAUCCUACCGGCAAUCUUGAAAGGGGGAAAGGGCAAAGAGUGUGA